UAUUGUGGAUUAAUACGGUUAUCGCUCAAUAUGUGAAGUGGGAAUGGAAAUAAUCCAAACAGUUCGUCAAUCUCUGGCCAAUACAGACCAGUUAAUUAUAAACCCUACAAUGGCAUAGAUUUGUAUAGAGGUAGAAAUAUAACUAUUUAUUUACAUAGUCAAGAUUUAAUACCUAUCUGAUUUUUUGAGUUGACAAAAGUUACAUUUAAAAUGAUAAUUACACGGAUCAGUUUCGACAGGAUAUGGAUACGCGAGGACAUUUAACGUUUUUAUCGUUCUACCAAGGAUAAAAAGGUUUGUGAUUAACAUCUGAUAUAAUUAGCUUAUAUUUAAAUUGUCAAAUAAUAUUUAGAUGGGUUUAUUUUACACUUGGACGUAAACCAUGGGGAUGUACUAUCGUGACGGUGGGAUGGUGAUGACAACAAACAAGAAGAACGGAUACUUCCCAGACAGAAGUAGAAUCGAAAAUUGUUUACGUGCUUCACCGGAACCGGGUCCUUUUUUACGAUGUCCUGUGUCUACUCCUUUGAACUCACAUCGACCUAUUCGUCAGAAAAUACCUGAGAGUUUGACUUUUGUGUCUCUAGAUUUUAGUAAAGUCAAGAGUUUUCCAAAAGGUCAGCCACAUAGAGGUCCACAUGGAUUUCGAUUAAAUACAAAUAGGAAUAUGAGAGCAGACAAUCUUGCGAGGAGAAAGAAUUUUGAUUACUAUUACGUUGAUCAAGCAUUUCAAAACAGAUUAGCUGCAUAUUCAAAUUCAAAAUGGCUGAGGUCCUUGUGUUCCCAGCCGGUUCCUGAAAUAUUUCACAAAUAUCGACGAAAAGGGGAAAUGUUGGAUGAACCUUUACAAGUGCCAAGGUCAUAUUCCACACCUGGUGAGCGUUCUAUACAUGACGGAUGGGAUCUAAAUAGCAGACGUGGAACCCGGGAACAUUCAGCUUUUUCAUCCAAUCCAAUAUCUACCAAUAAUUCAAACUCGCCUCAGCUAACAAUAAUUUCACGAUCUUGUACAACUGUAAAUAUUACUCCACACACAACAAUAGAAAGUAGGGGAGAAUCUCUGCCACAUCAACCGUCUCCAAAUCCAGUGGAAUCAUUGGAUGCCGAAGAAGAGAGUGUAUUUCAACCGUCACCUCAACCUACGCCACGAACAUCUCCAAUCAAACGUGAACCAAUUAGCGAAAUUCGACUUCCGACAGGAUAUAGUCCGCUCAUUGAUGAAUCAAUUUACGAACAUUUUGAGCGAAAGGAAAUGAAACUUCCUGAUAUUAAUGCAGCAAAAACUACAACAAAUUCUUUUCCAUCAAAACCACGGAAGGUUUUAAUUGAAGGAAAUAGACAGUCCGUUAGCAAUGAACAGAGGUUAAAAGGUCAUGGAUCACCAGCGUUAGGAAAAUCGGGCUACUUGAGCAAAAAACCGGUUUCUUCGUUAAAUGAAAUCCAAGAAAACAUGUAUAAUUUUGGCUAAGUUUGUGUUCAGUGUUAACGUAAUGAUAUCUUCUUAACAUGGCAGGAUUAUAACAAGUCUAGUUUCGCUAGAAAACCCCCCAAAUAAAUCAAAAUAUUUAAUAAAGAAAAUAAAAAUGAAGUGUCAACUUUCCAUCUGAACAUUCCUAAAUAUGUACACCAUGCAGCACGCAUAUUUGAAAAUACACAUAAAUUUGUGAAUUAAAUUUGAAAGUAUCUCCUUAAUUACUCAUUGAUAUAUCGUCCUGAACAUGCACGAGCUAUAUGCCACUGGACGUUAAACAACCAAUAGUCAAUCAAUCAUACAUUCAUAUUGAAUAGAGGAUAUAAAGUUCACAUUGUGUGUGUAAAAGGCUCGUCAAUUGAGUGUACAUUUUUGUAAUUAAUGAUAUAUUGUAAACUUGCAUUAAUUUACAGAUAUGUUUAAAGUCGCAAAAUCUGAAAUCUUACUGCCAUUUAGUUUGUUGUGAAUUGCUAUGCUUUUCAGAGAUUUAAACUUGUACUUUCUAUCACUGUCCAUAUUAUUGUGAAACGAAAUGUACAUAAAACAUGAUUUACGAAGCUAAUAAAUGAUCGUUUUAUGAAGUGGUAGUGACUCAAUAAGUUCUUAGAAUAAAACGGUAGAUAAAUUGAUGCGAAAUUUAUACAUUGUACGUCAUUGAGACUGCACCAAAGCAACAAAUUUAUCCCAAAAAGUCAUGUAUAAAUGUAUGAAAAAUGUGGAUGGGUAAAUGUUAUUGAGACAGGAACCCUAUACCCAAUCAGCCAAACAAGAUCUAUAGAGGUCUGACAUCACAAGAACAGAGAAUUAAUCAUGCGGCGGGAAAACUUCUCAAACCUCAAUUAUUUGUCUCCAUAAGUGGAAUAACAAAAGAUUUAGAAGAACAAAAAUACCUUAAAAGCAUACGAUACAGUUAAAAUAAAUCUUUUCCAAACAUGUACAGUUCGAAGACGCGAAAGAUGACAUGGCACUUUAACGACUUUAUUACCUCCACUGAAACUAUUGUAU